AUGGCAUCUGAAGUGUCCAUACCAAAUACAGCUCCAAAAGCCAAGAUUGAUUUGUCCAAAAGGCUCUCGGAGCUCCGAGCGAGUAAUCGCAAAUCUCAAACUGCGUCGUCCAGAGAACCAGCUCCCGUCACCCCGCCUCUCGCCAACCCACCCGACUUAUCAUCUCACCAGUAUAUACGGCCUGUGCGGCGGAUUCUAUCGAGAAAAGACCAUGAUCUCUUCCUUUCAUCUCCCACGUAUACUCUAGUUCUUGCCUUCAUUUUCGGUCUUUCCGAUUCUGUACGUGGACGAGCAAUAAAAGAUGUCAGUCGCCAACCUUCUUCCAACAUCGGCAAGAUCCUGUCAGUUCUAGACAAUAUUCGUGCCCUCGUAGACCGACAUCCUUCUAUUGACCAGGGAGGCUCGAGAUUUGGCAAUCCUGCUUUUCGCGAUCUAUUCGAUGAUGUCGCCGCGCGUUCUACCGCCUGGCAUAGGGAUAUACUGGGAGUACAGGAAGCGACUGCUAUAGAAGAGGUUUCGUCGUAUCUAAUCCACUCGUUGGGCUCGCGUGAUCGAUUAGAUUAUGGGUCUGGACAUGAACUAAAUUUCAUGAUGUGGCUACUGUGCCUUCACCAGUUGCAAAUCAUCUCCGAGACGGACUUCCCGUCAAUUGUUUUCCAGAUAUACACCAACUACAUGCAUCUUAUGCGUCAAGUUCAAUCCACAUACUAUUUGGAACCGGCCGGGUCUCAUGGGGUUUGGGGUCUCGAUGACUACUAUUUCCUCCCAUUUCUUUUUGGCGCGUCACAGCUCGUUGGGCAUCAUUACAUCACACCCUUGGCGAUCCACAAUACGGCAGUUCUCGACGAAGAAGGAGACCAAUACAUUUAUCUAGACCAAGUGCGGUGGGUAGAUAGUGUCAAGACGGUCAAGGGUUUACGCUGGCAUAGCCCAAUGCUUGACGAUAUAUCGGGAGCCAAAAACUGGACCAAGAUCGAGAGUGGGAUGAAAAAGAUGUUCGUCAAGGAGGUAAUGGGUAAGCUGCCCAUCAUGCAACAUUUCCUCUUUGGUAGUUUGCUCCCGGCUGCAGUAGGUAUGGGAGAGAUUACCGAGGAUAUGGAGGGUGAUGAACAUGACCAUGGCCAUGAUCAUCCCCACAGUCGACACACAGAUCAUUUUGGCGAUUGCUGUGGGAUCAAAGUGCCCAGCACUGUGGCAGCAGGUGAAGAGAUGCGGAAACGAACAGGCGGGACAGGCUUGCGGCCGAUUCCAUUUGACUAG